AGAUAAAGUUCAUACAAGCACCAAAUUACAUCCAGCCACACUGCCUAUGGAAAGGAUGAAUACAGACAGAGGCAGAGCAAUGGACAGACUUUGGCUUUGUUUCCUUCUCACAGCCCUGCAUGGGCUGCAUCUCGCAGGGGUACAUGCUGCUGGACCCAAAAAGAACAUUAAAAAGGAGAAUCCCAUCGACAAAAUUCCCAUUCAGAAGAACUUCAACCUAGACCAGCUCACAGGGAAGUGGUUCCUCAUUGGCGUGGCUUCCAAGUGUGAAUAUUUGAAAGAAAAUAACUUACGGGUUGAAGGAACCAGCGUGGUGCUGAGCCGCUCUUCCACCCAGAAGAUUGCCCUAGAUGUGAGCACACUGAGGAAACUGGACCUGCAGUGCUGGGACAUUCGACAGGAGUACCGCUCAACAAAGACCAAUGGCAGACUCCUCCUAAAAGGCCGUGGCUCUGGAAAUGAUGUUGAUAUUGUUGUUGGUGAAACGGACUACCAGAGUUAUGCUAUCCUGUACUAUGAACAUCGCCACAAGAUUACUGUCAAGCUCUAUGGAAGAUCCUCUGACAUCCCUGACAACAUUAUUGAGAAAUUUGAAGAGGCCGUCCUUAAACAAAACAUUGGAGAGGACUUUAUCUACUACUUUCCCAAAUAUGGGUUCUGUGAGUCUGCAGAUGAGUUUCAUAUUCUCCGUGCAUGAUGCAAGAAUCAAAAGUAUCUACCAUCAUUCCAAGUCAUGACCUACAACACAUUGCUGAAUAAAGCUGUUCUUGUUGCUGCUUA